AUGGCGGCGCUUUUCGACGAGAUCGGCUCCGAGGACGACCUCUUCUCCACCUUCAUGGACAUCAAGAAGAUCUCAUCCUCCGGGCCCUCCAACCGCGACCGCGACCGCACCGCCGAGACCUCGUCUCCGCCGUGCCCCAAGCACCGCCACGGCAGCUCCGUCGACGGCUCAGGCCUCUUCUUCUCGCCCGGCAUCGGCGGCGGCGCGGGGAAGGAUGCCGCGGCAUCGCUGGCCGAGGUCAUGGAGGCCAAGAAGGCCAUGACUCCCGAGCAGCUGGCCGAGCUCGCGGCCAUCGAUCCCAAGCGCGCCAAGAGGUACUGCAUCCUCGAUCGCGGCAAUCCAUCCAUUUCUUUAGUUACCAUUACCAAGCGGCAAUAA